AUGGGGGUAUUUGUUCAUCAUAUCACAAUUCAUAUCACUGUGAUUGUUCUGACACGCCUUUUGAUGGAAUUAAUUGUCAACAAACCUCGUCCUUUGCCUUUCCCACUUCCAGAAUCUCUCUCAGCCAAAUUUCAUUUUUCUGACUCUUGGCAGUUGGAAGCGGAAAAUUUGGAAAUUAAAUUUCGUCCAAAGCUUGGAAUAUCUUCAAACGAAUUAAAUAAACAGAAAAAACUUUUUGUUUUAAUUGAUACAAAAUCUGAUAUUAUAAACAAAGAGGAUGAAGAGAAACAACGUUUGUUGGUAGCAAUUACUGGGAGUGGAGGAUUAAUUGUACAUUGGGUAUUUCAAGGAAAUGAGCAAAGUACUUUUAAUCUGAGCUCUGCAAACAUUACAAAUAAUAUACAUUGGCAUUCACUCAAGCUGAUAAGAAGGGGACAACGAAUGGGGUUAAAAUUAGAUGGAAAAUGGCAUAAUCAAUUACUAAAUAAUAUUGAAAACAAACCUUUAAUUCUCUCUAUCAAUGAAAUAGCUAUUGCCCAACCUAUUGGAACUUUCAAAAUCGCAAAUAAUUUAGAGCAUUUGUUUCGUUUCCACGGCGAUUUAAGGAUUCUUUCAUUGAAUGGGCAUGAUUUAUUAAGGCCUAUACGUGUUAUGAAAAGACAAAAAGGUAAAUUCAAGAAAAUAAUAUUAAUUAGAAUUAUUUUCAAAAAUAUUAAAACAAAAUUCAUUCUUCUUUUUAUUUUUAAAAAUUCUCUAUCAACUAAUAAUUCCCUCUCUCAUUUUAUUAUUUUAUUUUAUGAAUCAAGUUCUUACUAA